UCGCUCUCACGUAAAUGAAUUAGUGACAAUAGCCCUUUAUUCUCACGAGGGACCGUUAGCAUUAGUUCAGCUAACAGUGCUACAGGACCAAAUUCGGUGGCGCCUUUACUCCCGACAUUACGGUUACGUGUGGACAUGCGCCGCUGUCGCAGCAGCAGCAAAGCAGAAUGGUAACGUUGUUUUUUGAUGGAGAUCACUGAAACUACAUUAUAUUCGUCGUUUUAUUCGUGCUGUCGAUGGCCGCAUGAAAACCGGGGCAGUUAUGCCACUAAUCAGCAAAAUAUACACGUAUUCGUUGCCUUUCCAGUCAAAUCUGCUCGGCUGCAGUGUUAGCAUUGUGAUAGCAAUGUAGGUAAUGUUAGCUGGGACGCCUGGACCGAAAUAGCCAGCACUCAAGGAAACAGCAGCCUGCUCCGGUGUUUGGACCUGCGUUGUGUACACUAGUUGGCCAGUUUAAGUUUCUCUGGAAUGCAUCUCUCCAAGAAAUGUUCCGUCUUCAAAGUGGUGCUGAGUGCUCUGAUGAUAGUGGCGCUCCUACAGCUAAUAUACCUGUCUUUCUUAUCCAAGUUUCACGGUAAGCAGCAGCGGUACCGAUACUCUGAGCUCUUUGGAGGCUCUGGGGGCAAGAAAAAUGGGCACCCGGAGAAAAACUCGCGGAAGGAGCGUCUGAGGUACUCGCUGUCUACUGGUGGGAUCUUUGACAACAGUGGUCAGUACCGGGUGUACAAGAACUUGAUUAAAAGUGAUUUCACCACAAAUCAGAAACCAGGAUCCGACCCCAGCUCCAAUGUCCUGGCUUUAGCCACACACACAACCAUCAACAACCUGCAUCACCUGGAAUCUCUUCUGGGAAGGUGGCAAAACCCUCUCUCUGUGGCCAUAUUCGCACAUGGACAAGAUGUCAAGUUUGCCACAGCUCUGGUCUAUGCUCUCAGCUUCUUCUGCCCUCAGAUUCAAUCUCUGGUGGACUUCCAUUUGGUCUGCCUCUCUGGGGAGAUGGCCAGUUUCCCUGAGCAGGACCGUGAGCAUUUUGCAGGGCUUGAGGACUGUGCCUCUGUGUUCUCCAGACUGGAGACCCACAGGGAUACAUACAAGAACUAUGCCAUCAGUGGAAACGUCUCCUACCCCAACAAUCUUCUUCGUAACGUUGCCCGGGGUGGCACAGAGUCCUCCUACAUCCUGGUCAUUGACAUCGACAUGAUGCCGAGCGCUGACCUGCACCAGCAGUUCUUGGCCCUGAUCAUGAGGCGUGAGUCAGUUAGUGAUGAGGUAUUUGUGUUGCCUGCCUUUGAGAUCCGCCACGCCCGGAAGAUGCCUGCCAACAAGGCAGAGUUGGUUCAGCUCUACCAGGUCGGUGAGGUCCGGCCUUUUUAUGAAGAGCUGUGCCCUCGCUGUCAAGCCCCCACUAACUACUCACAGUGGGUUAACAGCCACGUUAGAGGGACAGGCACCCUAGAGGUUGCCUACACACUCACCUGGGUGGACCCCUGGGAGCCUUUCUACAUCGGGCCCCACACUGUGCCCCUCUAUGAUGAGAGCUUCAAGCAAUAUGGCUUCAAUCGUAUCAGCCAGGCCUGCGAGCUUCAUGUGGCCGGAUACAAGUUCUCAGUGCUGAGCUCAGCCUUCGUGGUACACCGGGGCUUCAAGAUCCAGGGGGAGUUCCAUGCCAGGAAGGACGAGGAGAAUAAACGCAACCGGGUUCUGUUUCGCAGCUUCAAAGAGGGCCUGAAAACCAAAUACCCAUCCUCCAAUCGACGGUGCUGAAACAAGAUGAGGACUAAUACAUCCUGCCUCUAUCAGUCUCUAAUCAGUCUUCUGCGGAAAUGAUGGACAUUGUUCAUUUGAACUAGAUUUAGCUUCCAGUCAGGCUCUCCUCUGCCUAAAACAUCCUAGUUUUUUUUCUUAGAUUUUUUGUGAUGACAGCACAGUAUGAGUUCAAUCUAAUUCAACUCUUGGGUUUAUUUCAAGUCCCUCUAAAAGUGAACAGCAGGGAAAUGUUCUUUGGAGAUUUUUGAGAGCCUCCUGCUAGUUGGGACUGAAAGUAAGAAAUGAUCAUUCAAGACUGACAAAACUGGCGAGCGACUUUUUGAAUCAAAUGCCAAUCCGGUAAUGUAGCACACAAGGUACAUUUUCUAAGAAACAAAAGACCUAAUUUCACUUUAUGUACUGAAACGGUUCACAGGUUCUACAUUUCAUGACAGCUGAUCGGAAAUUGCCUUGUUCCUCAAAGUCCAACUGAAAUCACAUUUAGUUAUCCCUUUUUGCUGUCAAAAGCAAUGUCAAAUGUAUAGUUGAUAGUUUUUAUUAUAUAAAAAAAG